GAGAACUUUCACUGUUAUGCUUAGUAUUUUGCUCGGAAUCAGAUUAGUAUCAGUUUUUGCUUGCAUUGGAGACGAAUGCCGCAUUAUCAUCUUUGAGGAACCGUUACCAAAUAAGGCAAUUAACGGUCACGUUAUCAGGAGCGAAGAGGUAGCUAAUGAGGGGGACUGCCGGAUGAUGUGUUAUAUGGAGCCUAAUUGUGUCUCCGUGAAUUUAAGACCCUUACACGGAGGAAAAUACAAAUGUGAGCUGAAUAACGCCACAGUUGAUGAAAGUAAACUGACCUUCCUUGAGGAAAUGGGUGCUUACUACCUGGCUAUCGAGAAUCCAUGUAGUCACAGUCCUUGUUUGAAUAACGGAACUUGUCAAGUUGGUUUCACCAGCAAAGGGUUUCGAUGUGUUUGUGAACCCGGAUAUGCUGGAGCAAACUGCAAUGUGUUAUCAAAAUCUUGCAGUGACUUAAAGAGGCUCGAUCCCAAGGCGAAAAGUGGAAUCUCUUUGAUUGAUCCAGAUGGUGAUGGAGCAUUACCACCUUACCACGUCACCUGUGACAUGAGUGAUAAGGAAGGAGUUGGUGUGACAGUCAUAGGUCACGACAGCGAAGAUAGGACUCUGGUGGACGGAUGUGAGCCUGCAGGAUGUUACUCACGUGAUAUUAAUUACACGAGAGCGACAUUUCCUCAGCUAGCAAGCCUUUCCAGAGUUUCCUUGCUUUGUGAGCAGUUCAUAAAGUACGAGUGUCGAGGUUCAAUUUUUCACGGUACAAACAAACAAACGUACGCCUGGUGGGUGUCACGUGAUUCUAGGGAUAUGAAUCACUGGGGCGGAGCAGCAUCUGAUAGUGACAAGUGCGCAUGCGGGAUGAACGGUACGUGUGCAAAAAACGGUGAUCGUUGUAACUGUGACAAGAAUGACCAUAAAUGGCGUGAGGACAGUGGUCUCCUCAAUGAAAAGACAUAUCUGCCAGUUAAACAGUUGCGGUUUGGUGAUGUCGAUGUUCGUAACGGGUUUGACGAGGUGGGCUACCAUACUUUGGGAAAGUUUAAGUGUUACGGACACGCCUGA